UAAUAUCACGUGCUUAAAAAUGGCUGCCUGCGUGUCAAGAAUAUUGUUUAAAGUGCCUGUCUUGAGACAGCUUAGUGUCCGUAAUUGUUAUGCUAAUACACGUUCAAAUUUGAAGAUAGGCAAAGAUACCAAAGUUAUUUGUCAAGGUUUCACAGGAAAACAGGGUACAUUUCAUAGCCAACAAGCUAUUGAAUAUGGAACUAAUUUAGUUGGUGGAGUUUCUCCUAAUAAAGCAGGUACAACUCACUUGGGAUUACCUGUUUUCAAAUCAGUCAAGGAGGCAGUUGAAAAGACAGGAGCUACUGCUACUGUAAUUUAUGUUCCUGCAUCAGGAGCUGCUGCAGCCAUUUCUGAAGCUAUUGAUGCUGAAAUUCCUCUUGUAGUUUGUAUAACUGAAGGUAUUCCUCAACAAGAUAUGGUACGGGUGAGGCAUAAACUUACGCAGCAGAGCAAGACACGUCUUGUAGGACCUAACUGUCCUGGAAUCAUUAAG